AUGGCAACGCUCCGCCUCGUUCAAGGCGUCGAACCGGGCAAGCGGUUCCCGCUCACCGCCGAGCGCUCCACCAUCGGCCGCAGCAGCGACUGCGAGGUCUCGCUCGACGUCGCCGCCGUCAGCCGCCGCCACGCCGAGGUGAUCCGCCGCGGCGCCGACUUCGUCGUCGAGGACCUCGGGAGCCGCAACGGCACCUACGUGAAGCUCGCCGCGUUGAUCGAAAUCGCCAAGGGCCUCGGCCGGGCGAUCUCGAUCGACGAGGUCCUCCCCAAACUGCUCGACAGCCUCUUCAAAGUCUUCACGCAGGCCGACCGCGGCUUCGUCGUCAUGCGACCCGCGCCCGACGCGCCGCUGGUGCCGGUCGCCGCCAAGACGCGCCGCGGCGACAUGGAAGAGGGCGCGCGGAUCAGCCGCACCAUCGUCGAAGAGGCGAUGACCGGCAAGAAGGCGAUCCUCUCUGCCGACGCCGCCAGCGACGAGCGGUUCGGCAUGGCCGAGUCGAUCGCCCAGUUCCAGAUCCGCUCGAUGAUGUGCGUCCCGCUGAUCGACAGCGAGGACGAACCGAUGGGCGUCAUCCAGAUCGACACGCUCAACCAAC